AUGGGCAACCUCGAGACUGCGCUGACAGCCGAGUCCCCCGGGGCCCCCCCUGCAGCCCCUGGGGGCCCCCAGUGCCCCUCGAAAGAGGGGGCCCCCGGAGGAGGCGCAGCAGCAGCAGCAGGGGCCCCCCGGGCGCCAGGGGCCCCCGGGCUUCUGCAGAAGCUGCAUGCGGGCCCCAGCGGCCACGCGAGGGCCCCCAGCAGCACGCCGCCGCUGCCGCUGCACACAGCAGCAACAAGUGUACCCCUUUCUGUUCAAGAAAUAGAAAGUGAGACAGACGUGGGGGCCCCCAGCCCCAGCCCCGAGGAGAAAAGGGCCUCUUGGGGGCCCCCCUCGUACCCUGCGGACCUGGAGCUGCUGUGUCCCACGCCUUACCAGAGCCUGUCUGUGGAUCCGGGGGCCCCCGGGGCCCCCGGGGGCCCCCUGGGGGCCCCCCUGGGGGCCCCCCUGGGGGGCCCCCCGGGGGGCCCCCUGGAGGGCCCCCUGGGGGGCCCCCUGGGGGCCCCCUGCAGCGCCUCCGGCAAACAGCACCUGGACUGCUUCCGAGAAGCUGUGGGGAAGGCCCUGGAGGGCCCCCAACGCUUCGCCUGCGGAGGCCCCGGCAAGCCCCGUGGGGGCCCCCCGGGGGGCCCCCCAGGGGGCCCCCCUGGGGGCCCCCCGGGGGGCCCCCUGCGGGGCCCCCCGAGGGGGCCCCCAAGAGGGCCUCCCCGGGGGCCCCUCGUGCCCCGCAGCUCCAACUGCGACUGCUGCGCAAGAGGGACCUUGGGGUGGAGGCCCUCACCAGCUGGCUGUCCCCAGCAGCAGCAGCAGCAGCAGCAGCAGCAGCAGCAGCAGCAGCAGCAGCAGCAGCAGCAGCAGCAGCAGAGCCAGAGCAGCAGCAGCAGCAGCAGCAGCAGCAGCAGCAGCAGCAGCAGCAGCAGCAGCAGCAGCAGCAGCAGCAUGGUGAACGCAAAGAUGCAGGAGGAGACACUUCGCGCCGCGUCGGAAGACACGCGAGAGCAGACGAGAGACAGCACUGCAGAGGAGGCGGGGCUGCUGUGCAGCAGCAGCAGCAGCAGCAGCAGCAGCAGCAGCAGCAGCAGCACGAAGCACUGCGCGCUGCAGGCCCUGAAGCAGCUGUCUCCGCGUCUCCACGAAUGCUCCGAGGUCAUUGCGCGGACUUUGCUGCUUCAAGGAGUUUCCAGGGGCCUCCCCCUUGGGGGCCCCCCAGGGGGGCCCCCCGGGGGACCCCCCGGGGGCCCCCUGGGGGCCCCCCAGGGGGCCACGCCCCAGCUGGAGGGUACAGACAGCCUGGGGGCCGUGUCUGCUGCACUUAAGCAGCUGCAACUCUCAAUUGACAAUUUUACUUUUGUUCUUUCUGCAUGCGAAGGGCGGCUGCUGUCUGCUGCAGCAGGGGGCCCCCUGGAGGCCCCGGGGGGGGCCCCCUCGGGGGCCCCCCUGGGGGCCCCCCUGCGGAGGGGGCCCCCAGACUUCGGGGGGCCCCCCGAGGCGGCGGGCAAGAGCUGGGGGGCCCCCAGCAGCAGCAACACCACUAGGGCCCAAAUGGGGUCUCCCUCAGCAGCAGCAAAAGCCCGAGAUGAUGAGGGGCCCCUCUCUCCUGUCUUUUAUUUAAGCAGAGAGGCCUCAACCCCUGCUUCCCGUACCCUCCUCUCGGGGGGCCCCCCGGGGGCCCCCUCUGCAGCACUGGGGGCCCCCCCUGUGGCCAGCAGCAGCGCCACGCAGCAGCAGUUUGCUGUCGCCACUUCCACGGGGGCCCCCAGGGGCCCCUCCGAGCGAACUGUGGGGGGCCCCUCAGGGGUCUUCUCCGGGGCCUUCUCAAGGGGCCCCUCGGGGGGCCCCUCGGGAGCCCCCUCCUGGGGCCCCUCCAGCGGGGACUCCAGGGGUACUAGCGGGGUAGUCUGCGCUGCAGAGCCUCGGGGGGCCCCGGGGGCCCCAGAGGCCCCCGGGGCCCCGGGGGCCCCCGGGGCCCCGGGGGCCCCCGGGGCCCCCGGGGGCCUCGGGGGCCUCGGGGGCCCCGGGGCCCCCUGGGGGUCUGAAACAACUGUGGGGCCCAGCGAGAAGAGAAAAGGAGACAGAAGAAGAAGCGGGGCGAGGGCCCUGAGCUGGGCUCGAGAGCGUUUUAUGGGGAUUGUCCAUCACCCUAGAAAAGCAAUUAAUUUAAAUGUGAAAGAAUGA